GUAUAGCAGAGACAACAUUUACUGUCCCAUAGCCUCCAUCCCCAUCAUGGCUUGCCCAGUGUUUUGGAUCCUGGUGCUCCUGAAGCUUUUUGCAGCUGAGUGUCAGGACUUUAUUCAAGCUCGUAUAGUUGGCGGCUAUGCUCCUUCACCAAACUCAGUUAAAUACAUUGUGUCUUUGCAAAGCUCCAAAGGCCAGCAUUUCUGUGGAGGAUCUCUGGUGCACAAAUACUGGGUGCUCACUGCUGCACACUGUAAUAUGGGGGUGGAUCAGAUGAUGCUAGUGGCUGGAGACUAUGCUCUUGGUGUCUACGAAGGGACGGAGCAGUAUUCUAAACCACACUUGCUUAUACCUCACCCCCUGUACAACAAGACCACCAAUAAUGCAGACAUCAUGCUCAUUAAGCUGCGGGCUCCAAUAGAGCUGAACAGGUACAUCUCUCUGGCUCCUCUACCCACACAGAACACGGGUGUGUUGCCCGGGCGAGUGUGCCGGGUAUCAGGCUGGGGCUCCACCAGCCACAGCGGAGGCAAGAUACCCCCUACACUUCACACCGUCAAACUGCCUAUUGUCUCCACAGCCAAGUGUAACAGCAGUGAGUCCUUCAACGGAAACAUCACAUCCAACAUGAUCUGUGCAGGCUACAGCACUGGAGGCAAGGAUGCAUGCAAAGGCGAUUCUGGAGGGCCACUGGUGUGUGAUGGGCGGGUCUACGGCCUGGUCUCCUGGGGCAACGGCUGCGGUGAUGCCAAGUUUCCAGGAGUGUACACGGCUGUGUCCAGGUUCCGUAGAUGGGUAGACCGCAUCAUCUACAGCUCCUUCACACGAUGCUACAAGUACUGAAGUCCAAAGGGGUCUGAAUGCACUUCAUGCUAUGCGUAACAUACAAAUGAAUUAUCUGAUUUAUUAUUUAAUCGAAAUAAUCAAAUUUAAGCACCGUAAAAUUAUGAACCUGUCUGUCAUUGCUUUAAAAAUAUGUUUACAUGUAAGAAGAUAUAGCUGCAUACACUUUUUGUCUUCUCAGGCAAAAUAGUGUGUUUUUAUACAUUUUUAACAAUACCACAGUAAUACUGAAAAACAUAACCUUGUUUAUUGAUAUCGAAAUAGGCGUUUUUUCACACUGCAUUGUGAAAUCAUCUCUAUUCACAAUACAGAUUUACAGAAUUGUCCUGUAACUGUGCCAAUAAAGGCAGAUAGAUGUAAAAAAAAAAGUUAUAUCAUUUGAGCAGAUGAAUCUUGAGUUCAGUAAACAUAUUUUUGUCAUUUGCUUCUUUCUUGUUUGGUCUCAAGGGAAAGUCUUUUUAAAUGCAAUACAAUAAAGUUAAUACUAGCAAAUUUCAGAGGUUGUUUGGGAAUAAUAAGAAGACCUGAAUAAAAUGGCCAAGAAAAACAUUUAUAGUCCUGAUA